GCUGGGAACCCGGCGAGGGCGGCGCGGGUGGCGACGGCCGCAGAGCCUGCUAAGGGAGAGCGGGUGGGGGUCAGCUGCUGCUGCUGCUGCUGCGGACGGGCGGGCGCGGGGAACUGUGGGCGGUCGCUUCGUCUCCUGCCGCCGCCCUCCCUCCCUCCGCCACAAUGCCGGGGAUCGACAAGCUGCCCAUCGAGGAGACGCUGGAGGACAGCCCGCAGACAAGGUCUUUACUGGGUGUAUUUGAAGAAGAUGCUGCAGCUAUUUCCAACUAUAUGAACCAACUGUAUCAAGCUAUGCAUCGGAUUUAUGAUGCACAGAAUGAAUUAAGUGCAGCAACACACCUGACUUCAAAACUUUUAAAAGAAUAUGAAAAACAGCGUUUUCCACUGGGGGGUGAUGAUGAAGUUAUGAGCUCUACUUUACAACAGUUUUCAAAAGUUAUAGAUGAACUUAGCUCUUGUCAUGCGGUACUUUCAACUCAACUUGCUGAUGCCAUGAUGUUCCCCAUUACCCAGUUUAAAGAAAGAGAUCUGAAAGAAAUAUUAACAUUAAAGGAAGUGUUUCAGAUUGCCAGUAAUGAUCAUGAUGCUGCAAUUAACAGAUAUAGCCGAUUGUCAAAAAAAAGAGAAAACGACAAGGUGAAAUAUGAAGUAACAGAAGAUGUGUACACUUCCAGAAAGAAACAACACCAGACCAUGAUGCAUUAUUUUUGUGCAUUAAAUACUCUUCAGUACAAGAAAAAGAUAGCAUUGUUAGAACCUCUACUUGGGUACAUGCAAGCUCAGAUAAGUUUCUUUAAGAUGGGUUCUGAAAAUCUCAGUGAACAACUGGAAGAAUUUUUAGCUAAUAUUGGGACAAGUGUGCAGAAUGUUCGCAGGGAAAUGGACAGUGAUGUAGAGACCAUGCAACAGACAAUAGAGGAUUUGGAAGUAGCAAGUGACCCCUUAUAUGUGCCUGACCCAGACCUCACCAAAUUUCCUGUUAAUCGAAACUUAACCCGAAAGGCUGGAUACCUUAAUGCUAGAAAUAAAACAGGCUUGGUGUCAUCUACUUGGGACAGACAGUUUUACUUCACGCAGGGUGGAAAUUUAAUGAGUCAAGCCCGUGGGGAUGUAGCAGGAGGCCUGGCCAUGGACAUAGACAACUGUUCAGUGAUGGCUGUGGACUGUGAAGACAGGCGAUACUGUUUUCAGAUCACUUCUUUUGAUGGAAAAAAAUCUUCAAUUUUACAAGCAGAGAGUAAAAAAGACCAUGAAGAGUGGAUCUGUACAAUAAACAACAUAUCUAAACAAAUAUACUUAAGUGAAAAUCCAGAGGAAACUGCUGCACGAGUAAAUCAGUCUGCUCUGGAAGCUGUCACUCCUUCCCCAUCUUUCCAGCAGAGGCAUGAAAGCCUACGGCCAGCAGGACAAUCUCGGCCAUCAACAGCUCGAACCAGCAGUUCGGGAUCCUUAGGAUCUGAGUCCACAAAUUUGGCUGCCCUAUCUCUAGAUUCUCUUGUUGCCCCGGACACUCCAAUACAGUUCGACAUAAUUUCUCCUGUGUGUGAAGAUCAGCCUGGCCAAACAAAAGCCUCUGGCCAGGGAAGCAGGCGUACAAAUCCAUUUGGAGAAUCUGGAGGAAGUACAAAAUCUGAAACCGAAGAUUCUAUCCUUCAUCAGUUAUUUAUUGUUCGAUUCCUUGGUUCUAUGGAGGUGAAAUCAGAUGACCAUCCAGAUGUUGUUUAUGAAACAAUGCGCCAAAUCUUAGCUGCCCAGGCCAUCCGUAACAUCUUUCGUAUGACAGAAUCACAUUUAUUAGUGACUUGUGACUGUUUAAAGUUAAUUGAUCCACAAACACAAGUUACAAGGCUCACGUUUCCAUUACCCUGUGUAGUUUUGUAUGCUACACACCAGGAAAAUAAGCGGCUUUUUGGAUUUGUUCUUCGGACAUCAGGAGGGAGAAGUGAAAGUAAUCUGUCAUCAGUCUGUUAUAUAUUUGAAUCAAACAACGAGGGGGAAAAGAUUUGUGAUUCUGUUGGACUGGCAAAACAGAUAGCUUUGCAUGCCGAACUGGAUCGUAGGGCAUCAGAAAAACAAAAAGAAAUAGAGAGAGUGAAAGAGAAGCAACAGAAAGAACUCAGUAAGCAAAAACAAAUUGAAAAGGACUUGGAAGAACAAAGUCGGUUGAUAGCUGCUUCCAGUAGACCAAACCAAGCCAGUAGUGAGGGGCAGUUUGUUGUCCUUAGCAGUAGCCAGUCAGAAGAGAGUGAUUUGGGAGAAGAAGGAAAGAAGAGAGAGUCAGAAGCAUAAACUUAUCCUUGCUUUUUGAUUGAAUAUUCCCCCCUUGGAAUUUGACAAUUUCUGUGGUGAAAUGGUACAAGGUAACAACUAUGUUGAAAUAUCGAGGAGGAGACUAAGCUUUAUAUUUGCUGGUUUGUUUUAGCUUCAUUUAAAAAAAUAAGAUUGAACUUGCUGACUUAGGUUUGCAUUGAUUUUUUUCCUUAAAAAUCAAUAUACUAUGCAUUAAUAUUAAAUUCCACAUGUCUAAAAGAAACCUGCUCAUCUCCCCAAAGUAGAUUGCUGAGGAAGUACUUGCUCAAGCAUUUUUUCCUUCAAAUUGUGAAAUUUUUAUCUUGCAUUGUAAUUGGUUAUGACCAUAAGAAAUCAUUUGUUCUUUAGGUUCAAAUAUUCAUGGAUAUGCUCCCUCUCUUUCUUUAGGAACAUUUUGCUUGUAGUGAGGAAGCAUUCAACUGAAUAAGUUCAAAACCCUUUAUACAGAGAAUUCUACAAGUUUGCAGAUAUUUUAACAAUAUUAUAUGUGCAAUAGAACUUUUAUUUAAAAAAUUAGGACAGAUUUUAGACUUAAGGUUUCAAAUUAUGGCAGGUGGUACUGUUGAUUUCAGGGCACUUUCUUGGAUUGCUCACAGUUCUCUGAUGUACUACACCUGAGGCCGUAGGAAAGACGCUUAAGUGUGUUCGGUUCAAGAUUGAUACAGCCCUUGGCAUUUAAUUAUCUCAUUCUUAGUUCUCAGGUUGGGAUUUCAGUUAUUGCUACAGAGCAGUAAUGGUUAAAAUAAGAUUUUGGAAUGUAUUAAAAGAUUCUUUUUUGUUCAAGUACAUUUUAGAUUAGGAUUGACAUGUAAAGAUAUUGUUAACAGGAUGAUAAAUUGUAUUUUCUGCA